AUGUCCUUUACGGCGCUGGUCGUGGUGCUUGUUGAGCCUCAGGGUGCGACGGCUCAGCGUCGUCUAUCGAUGCUGCAACAUGUACGCAAGGCGUUUGAUCCUGCCUACCGGCGCUGGCCGCCGCAUAUCACGCUGGUGCCACCGGCUGUCUACACGCCCGAUGGCCAGGACGAUGCCCUGGAUCCACCUGCGUGGCUUGUGCGUCAUCUUCAGCGUCUGACGGCGGGUGUCGAGCGAGUUUGCGCCGAGCAUCCUGCUCAUAUAUUACAACUACGUCAUCUCGCAGCAUUUGAGCGCCGCGAGGCCAUUCUGCAUCUGCGUCCGAGCGCCUCGAGUGCUGAGCCGCUUCUGUCCCUACAGGCAGACGUAGCCCAAGCCGCGCUUCCACACAUGCCAGGCGUACGCCUGCGCAGUACAUAUGUUCCGCACAUGACACUAGGGCGCGUGAAAACCGUCGAGAAGCGACGCGAGCUCGAGCAGCGGGUCAUGGAGGUGCUUGGCGAUGGCUUGGAGGUGCGUGUUGACCGAGUCCAUAUCAUGUACAAGCGUGGCGAGGCCAAGCAGCCGUACACGACGUGGCGUGCAUUGCCACUAGGUAUACGUGUCCCAUAG